AGUUGAUAUGUCGUCAUCUCCUCCUCCCGAGUCGUUAUCGUCCGUAUCCUCCACCUCGAGUGCUCCCCAAAGUGCUUCCUACCAUCCCUUGCGCAAUUCGCAAGGUCGUUUCUAUAGGACUAAACGGCAUGGACCAGGCAACGGUCUGCGAAUGGUCUUCGACUCUGCUAUAAAGGGUAAACUUGAGGACGCUGGUAUCCUCGCGGAAUUGUUCGUUGCCCACACACUCCAAAAGAUCUAUGCUGAGGAGUUCUCCCUUGACUGGUGGAAGACCAGCGCGAGGACGGCCUGCUAUCCAGACCAUGGUCGCGAUGGUGUGGACGAUCGGCUCGGGUAUGAUUUCGAAUUACUCGAUACUAAAGGUGUCUUCUCUAAUCCUACGGAGGAUGGUCCUCGUUGGGUCCGGCUUGAAGUGAAGGGAACACUGCGAUCUGAGGGUACCAUCAAGUUCGAGAUGUCCCGUAACGAGCUCGCUGUUGCCCAGAAUCCCGAUGCUGACUAUGUUGUUGUUCUGGUUAAGAACGCGGCCGGGGAUUGCCCAGUCAUUCAAACUGUCCUCACUAACUUCUUCUCGAACAUUAAAGAGAAGCGUGUUGUCUGCAAGCCGAGUCAAUACUCCAUCACUCUAGCUGACCCUGAGCUAUAUCACAGUGUUCCUAGCGAGAUUGCCAAGAAAAGGCCUUCAGACACGGAGUCUGAAAUGAUGCUCAAAGCGGACGAGAAGAAACUGUGCGAUCGAGCUAAACGCAUGAAGCGGAAAGAGACUAGUGAAACCCAAGUUACUGAAACUGAGAUGCGAGAGUAUCAAAAACGUCGAAUGAGAUGACCUAUUCGACAUUUGUUCAUUACUUGUUACUACUAGUCCCUGUCAUCAUUCCUUCAUA